UGUUCUAAUUUUAGAAAAUCAUUCAUUGCAAUUUUUGAGCUUACUUACUUUAAUACAUUUGUAUCCUUGUAAAUUUUAAUUCUUCUAACCAAUAUUUAGGCGCCGAUUAGCGCACGUACGGAUGUUUUUAGAUUGUUUUGUUAUAUUUUAAAGGAUGGUAGGAAAAGGUGAUGUCAAGGGAAGUCGUAUAUUUCACCAAUGUUAUUUGAAAUGUUGCAAGUUACAAAACCUUACCCCCUUGACUAAUGUUAUACCGUCCAGUAACGGUAAGGUGUUAGACUUUUGUGUGGAUAGAAUUAAAUACGCCGAUUGGCCUCCUAUUCUCAAUGCCCUAAGUUGCGAUCUAAGUCUACAUACUGUUUCGAUAAAAUGUCGACAGCCUGUAAAAACUGUGUUGGAACACAUUGACUGCGAACGUUUAGCGAAGACGGUAAACAAGCGCGCCGUCAUUCUCACAAAAUUUAUGCUCAGUAACUUGAUAGAGGCGAUCGCACAGUUAUUAUCAAACACUACGCUUCUAUCCUCGCUGCUACUCGAAGGUUUACCUUUGAGGGUUCCGUAUCUUAACUCCAUCUGUGAGGCGUUACUCACAAACAAUUCCCUGCAACACCUCUAUCUUCCGAGAUGUUCAAUUGGCGACGCCGGAUGUUUGGCGAUCUGCAAAGCUGUCAGAUGCCUGCCAAACAUCCUUACCAUGGACCUCAGCGGCUGCGAGCUGACGGCGACAGGAGUUGGGUAUAUAGCGGACUUGAUCAAGUAUCAAAAAAUCCACCGGUACAGUGAAAAUUGGGUGCACACACUCCGCUAUCGGCUUCCGGAGCUGGACACAAUGGCUGGCCUGAGGAGGAUCAGUCUGUGUGGGAACACUCUCGGAGAUAUAGGGAAGCUGUUUGACGUUCUGGCGGACGAUUUGUGGAUCAAGGCGGUCGAUAUCCAAAACUGUGGUUUAACCGAAGAAAGCUCGGCAGCUGCCCUACAAAUGAUGAGGUCGAACACUACAUUAGUGGUUCUAGACAUGCGACACAACCCGCUCAUACCGACCGAAACCCUCUCAAAAAUAAGAUCGGCUUUGAGGGAGAACGAGAGAGGAAUCGGCGGUCAGUACUCAUGGCUUGGCAACAUCAGCGGCUGUUCCAGUGAUGGAAGGACAGUCAAAUCCAUACCGGCUAAAAACGGUGUCGUAAAAGAUAGAGUAGCAUCUAACGUCAGGAACGCGCCCAACAAAUAUCCAAAGACGAGUUCCGUUAAAAAGGAAAAAGAUUACACGGAAGUCCUAGAAGAGCAGCUGCAAGAAGAAAUCUCUCACAGACAACAACUCGAGGAAUUGAACCUUCAACUGGUGGAACAAAUGAAGACGCUCAAACAACAGCACCUCCAGAUAUGGGCCAAUGGAACCCAGUCGCCGGGAACUGAACAAUCAUUCCAAGCCAGUUCUCGUUCUGGGGACCUAUCAAGCAGUUCAGGGUCCACGUCGUCGGUUCCUAUCGACCAGAACACGCUUUCAUACAUACAACAAGCCUUCAAGGACAUUUACGCCUUCAUCAAGAACAACCAAUGCCACGGUGAAUGCCUGUAUGAGAGAACGAAAGGUUCAGAUAUGGAACAGGAAGUGGUCCAAGCGACUGACGGCACAGAUGAAGUGGAGGAAUCAGAUCUCCGCGUCAGUAUGGUGCCGAAGAAAGCUCAGAGCACGCACUUGAAGCUCGUCAAGAAUGUUAAGAUGAACAAAACCACUAAGUCCGCUCACAUGUUGAGCGACACACAGAACGGAAAAGACGAUAUGAAAAUGGAGAUGCUUGAGCGACAGAUGGGCGAUUCGAAAAAUGCUCACGGCGACGAGGCAUUUGUAGAGGACACUAUCACCGCCCAGACCAAGAAAAUGGAUAAGUUUGAACAGAACACAGAGCGCAGUCCGUGCAACAGUGCGGUCAGUGAUUCAUCGGAUACGUUGGUGUACACGCCGUCGUCUCUGAACCCAAGAGACGCGCUGUACUCCUCCUCGGACGAGGAAGAUUAGUGGAGUCAUCAAUUGUUACAAGAUUAAAGUUCAUUUAUUUUUAAA